AUGCCUCACCAGCCUGAGGAAGCGACGAGCAAAGCCAAACUCGACAUCAACAGUUCAUCUUUUCAGCUUCGAGCGAGAAUCAUUCGGGUCGCGAUGGAAAAUCUUCCGCAGCUUGGCAAAGCAAUUGCUCAGGUCGUAUUGCCAACAUACCAGCUAUACAAGCCAUUGUUGCUAAUUCAAGCCGACACAACAAAUAGACAUCGCGUCAGACCUUCACCUAUGGCGAGCAUCCGCGUCAGCAGUUGGAUCUCUACACUCCCACUAGUGCAACACAAUCAAAGAUUGGCCAUUUUUUUUACGGAAACCCUGGGAGUCAAGGUCGUUAUUCCUGACUGCCGACUCAUCUCUCACGGCGCAACCUUCCCUUCCGGAGGCCAAGAUCUGGAACUGGUUAUCGAAUGGGUCAACGGCCAUAUAUGCAACGAUAUGGCAAAACCGAUAAACCUUUAUAUCAUGGGUAACUCCGCCGGAGGUGUCCAUUUAGCAACCUAUCUCUUUGCGCCUGAAUUUGGCCGAAGUCGCCAGAGAAUGCUCAUAGCAGAUGCUCCAGAUCUGAAAUUGAAGGGUGUCAUAUUUUUUUCGGCCCCCUUCCAUUUCGAUGGGGCCGUUGCGGAGAGAGCACAAACUCUCCAAGCAUAUUUCGGGAAUCACGUCCGCAACCCAUGCCCCCUGGGUCUGCUGAGAUCUUGUAAGGAAGCCGGGUCCAUUAGUGAACUCAAAAGAGUUCCGGUCAUCGUCCUUUACAGAGGUCUUGAUCCGGAAGACGAGAUUCUCAGGUCAAAAAAUGACUUUGUGAAAGAGUGGAUUGAAACAGACGUUAUAGCCGACGGAUUAACAGUCUUAAGAAUGGAAGGUCACAAUCAUAUCAGCCCGGUCUUAUGGUUGGGGACAGGAAUCUCAAAAGAAGAAGCCUGGGGCCGGCCGGUGGUCGAGUUCAUUAAUGCAGCCGCCUCCCAGGGUUGA